AAAUCACCAAAAUCUUUUGACACUCGGAAAUAUGAAACAAAAAUAGGUUGUGCAUGCGAAUGCAUCACACAAAAGACUACAAGAAGAGUUUCGGAAACUUCCAAAUUGAAGCGAAAAUAACAAAAACCAUAAAUAGUGAUUCAACUAUAUCAAAUAAAAGCGGAUUUAGACGACACUUCAUCUUUCGGGCUGAUAAUUCUUGACGAUUUGCCAGUUAAUUUGAGUUAACAGGGGAAAUUAAUUGGUCAAUUAAUAACAGCUAUGGUACAUAGUCGAAACAACUAAAAUAAAAUUAUAUAGGAAACCACCUAAGCCGGCAGCUAACGCAUCAUAAAACAAUUCGGCUUUUCGAGGUUCAAACUGCGCUUGCCUGCAGCCAGCCAACACCUUCAUGAGGGUUUAUUCACUUAGCUUUUGAAUUAAUUUCGCAUGACCCAAACAAUUGCCUUGGCUAAGCCCCAAUACAACUAUGGCAGUGGUGUAUCUGGUACCUUUGGAGGAUCUGGCGGUGGUUUUGGCUCCAUUGGUGGUGGAUCUUCCUUUGGCACGGGAUCUCAUGCUGGAGGCUCGUCCUUUGGUUCAGGCUCCUUUGGCUCUGGAUCCAUUGGUGGCGGCUUUGGAGGUUCGUCGUCGGGAUCAUCAUUUGGAGGCUCUUCUUUCGGUGGCUCAACUGGCUCUUCUUUCGCAGGUCAUUCUGCUGGUGGCUCCUCCCAAGGCUUUGAAGCUCCCUUAGUCCACAAACAAUUCAUCACUGUGGCCGCCCCCGAGGACAAUGAAAACUUGGAACAAGUCAAACGUUUGGUUAUUGGUCGCCCCCAAAAGAACUAUCGUGUGGUCUUCAUCAAGUCACCAUCUGGCAGCAACGCUAAUGUGAAAUUGCAAGCUGAAUAUGCUCCCAAAGAAGAAAAGACUGUCAUUUAUGUGUUGUCCAAGAACGAUAACAAUUUGGAAGUCGGUGAUAUUGCCACCCCAGCUCCAACAGUGCCCAGCAAACCAGAAGUGUUCUUCAUCAAAUACAAGACCGAAGAAGAGGCUCAACAUGCCCAAAGACAAAUUCAAGCUGAGUAUGACAAAAUUGAAGGCUCCUCGGAACACACCGAUGCCGGUGUUGCCCCUCAACAAUCCGUUGUUGGCAUUUUGGGUAAUGGCGGUGAUGCUGGUGGUCAUAUUGGUGGUGGUUCUUCUGGUAUUGGAGGUGGUUCCUCCUUUGGCACCAGUUCCAGCUCUUUCGGUAGCACCUUUGGCAACUCUGGUUCUGCUGGUGCUGGCAAUAAGGCUUCCGCCUAUUUGCCUCCUGGUCGCCAUUGAAAAUUUUGUAAAUAUUCACGUUUGUAAGACGUUUAUGAGUAUUAUUUGUGUAAAUGUUAAGUUUUGUUGAAAUUGAUUUUAAAUAAUAAAAAA